UUGAUUCGAAACUCCGCUGACGUCGAAUGCGCGGACUCUAAUUCUUACUUUGACGUACAACACCGUGUGUGUUUUGAGGUUAUUUUUGGGCACAGAUACCGAGUAACUGACCUAUGACUAGCUGCUCGGAGCUGCUUCUCUCCGGCUUUAUUUCCGAUCUGACAGUCGAACCAGGAGGUCGUGCCUCCCGAUAUAAACCGUCGAUUAUUAUUUUUCAUUGUGAGUGAUAUAAUAUAUGAAUUAUUAUUUUUAAUACCGUGAGUGGUGACGAUGUGCUGCCUUAUUCCGCUCUUUGUACUUAACAUCGGAACGCAGCCUCUGCGUCUGCUCUGAGCGAGGACUGGAAAUCCUCUUUUCAAUCUCCUCGUCGAACUUGGCUUUAAUAUCGCUAAACCAAAAGACUCCCUACGAGAUAUCAUAGACUGGAACAGAAAUGCUGUGCUUGAAAAAACUUUACCGAGAGGAGCUGCUGCAGCUCGCUCUACUCCUCUCGCUCCUCCGCGUCGAUCCCGACUCGUACCUUGGCUUGGAUAUUCGGACGAUCGGCGUCGGCUCUCUGGACCUUCACAACGGCUCGGGAUGGCACACCGACGCCCAGACGAUCGUCCAUCGCCCCAUGUUCGUACACCCGAAGAACCUGGACUCGGUGCUGCUCAAUUACGAGAGAGACCUAUUCGAAGACUUGAAUUCCCUCGGUCGUUACAACAGGAUAAACUCCCAGCAGAACGACAUUCACGCUUAUUUACUUAACAUCGAAGAACCUGGGAGAGACGUCGUUAUCGCCGGACCCAGCGUCCUUUCUACCUCAAAUGAUCCUGCCAGGAUUAUCAACGACCCUGAACCUCCCAGCGUCGACAAUAAUCCCGCCAGUCCUGUCGGUGCUGCUGAACUUACCCAGGAGGACAUGGAUCUGAUCGAGGUUCUCUGGAAGCAAGACGUGGACCUGGGUUUCAGCCUGGAUGAAUCCGUCACUUCUGUUACCGAAAAGUCGACUUUAUCCCCGAAAGAUCAGGACCCCGAAAAACCGGAGGAAAAUUUUGAGAAGCUCAAAUCCCUCGAGGUUGCUAAUGAGACCGAAGUACAGGAAUCCAUCGCCAAAGACGUCGAAAAAGCUCGCUCCGAAGAAGCAGAUCCGUGGGCUGGUCUUCCGUACACCAUAGACUUGGAAACCGGUGAGUACAUCCUAAAGUCGAGCGGACAAACGAACAGCGGAGGAAGAGACAGCGCAGCGGAAGGUACCGAGGAACCACUACUUGGCAAUCCGUUGAACCUGGAUGUGGAACAAAAUCUCCUCGACGACGAUUCUCUCGCGUUAAACGACACUUUGGGUCUCGAGAAUGAUUUCACCUCCGCACUGCUUGGCGGAAGUCUUUUAGGCUCGACUGGCGUUGAAGGCCUCCUAAGCAACGACUCUCUUGGUUUACCCGACGGUUUCAGCCUCGAGGAAGCUCUGCAGCUCGUCGGCCUCGAUGAAGUUCAACCUCAGAAAAACAAACCGGAAGUAAACGAGAAGGAAAAAGAUUCCGGUAGUAGCCAGGAGCAGAGCGCCGAGACUGGAGAAAGCGCCUCGCCGUCGCCCUCCGAAGCUGCCAGCGAGGACUCAGGAACAGCCGCCGACAUGAUUCAUACCCCGCAGUUUCACCAUCCCCAUCACCCUCAUCAUCCACACCAUCCUCAUCACCGCGGCUUCCAGGGCCGUAUGCCCUUUGUGCGCGCAAUGAGCAUGGAACAGCGAUGGCAGGAUUUGGCUUCACUACUUUCGCUUCCGGGUGCUCCGGACCACUUCGCUCAUCCGGGACACCCAGGAUAUCCAGGCCACGGAAUAUCGCACAGCCACUACGAGGCACAGCGUAAUGUGUUGCUGCACAAUGCAACUCUCGCACCACCAGUCGGAGAUCUCAACUCAACCGGACCUUAUCCUCAUCAUAAUGUUGGGGGUCCGUCGAAUCUUGGAUCAGCAGUGGCGACUUCGAUGAAUUUGACCAACAGCAGUGAACCGAUGGGCGGAGCAGACAGUUCUGGUCCUUACAAAGCUGAGCCGACCGAUAUGAUGUACUACCAUGCACCCUCCUCGGAUUCCAUUAACCAAACCACCGAUGGAUUCCUGUCGUCGCUUCUCAAUGACGAGGACCUGCACCUCAUGGACAUGGCCAUGAACGAUGGCAUGUACACAAUGCGAAUGUUGGACCACAACAGCAACAAUGCCUCGGGACCAACUGGAGCCGCCGCAUUGCCUGGAGUGCAGUCAGCUGGAGGCGCAGCGACAGGUACUCCUGGUGUGACAACCCUUGCUGGAGUCACCGACGAAAGGAUGGAUGCCUCUAGCGACAGCGCAGUCAGCAGCAUGGGAAGCGAACGCGUUCCCUCUCUUUCUGAUGGGGAGUGGAUGGAGACUGGUUCAAACUCUAGCCACACUCAAGCAGACUCUCAUUACUCAAUGGAUUAUGCCAGCAAAUACCGCAUGCCGUACGACUACAGCUAUUCAGCGGCUGGAAGAAACGGCACAUCUCCGAGAUGUCAAUCUGAACGAGCAAUGCCACCUGUAGCUCAGAAGAAACACCAGAUGUUUGCCAAGAGAUAUUUCCAGGAACAAGGCACUGGCUCGUCUUUAGGAGCUACUGCUCACCCAACGACCCCAAUUAAAUAUGAAUACAACGAUAGCCAAAGCGUGGGUGCUGGAGCACCUGGAAACGCUUACUCUGGCCCCAUCGAGAGCGCAGCAGGUCCUCAAUCCGAAAUGAAGUACAGCUGCAGCCUCGACUCGUCUCGUCACCAUUCUGGCAGGUCAGCUAUCGAACAUGUCCAGCAUAACCAUACGUACCACAUGCCAGCCGAAAGCUCUGGUUCAAUGCAUCGCUGCUUGUCACGCGAUAAGAAAGCUCGCAAGUCUGAAGGAGAGGAACACCUGACGCGUGAUGAGAAACGUGCAAGGGCAUUGAACGUACCAAUCCCCGUUAACGACAUUAUCAAUUUACCAAUGGACGAAUUCAACGAACGUCUUAGCAAAUAUGAUCUCAGUGAGGCACAGUUAUCUUUGAUACGCGAUAUCAGAAGACGUGGAAAGAACAAAGUAGCCGCACAGAAUUGCCGCAAACGAAAACUUGACCAAAUUGUCAGCCUGGCAGAUCAAGUCAAAGAGAUGCGUGACCGGAAAAUGCGAUUGAUUCGAGAACGUGAUUUUAUGCUCCUGGAAAGGCAGCGUGUCAAGGACAAGUUCAGCCAACUGUAUCGCCAUGUUUUCCAGUCCCUUAGGGAUCCAGAUGGCAACCAGUAUCAUCCUUACGAGUACAGCCUUCAACAGUCAGCAGAUGGAAACGUUCUUUUGGUGCCCAGAAAUCAAACAAAUAACCAUCAUCCUCAUAAUUCUGCUAUAGAACCGAAAAGCAAACCAGAUCCGGAACACAAAGAGUGAAUUUGCUAGAGACGAUAAGCGAAUUUAAAGAUACAAGAUGUUCUUUACAGGUGAUUGAACACAAUGAAAGCAGAAACUUGACUGUGUAGUUGUUAAAAUCUGUGGCCACUGAAAACAUUGAUACAUUUAUGUAUAUACAUACCUAUCGAUAUAUACGUGUUUUAUCAAAUUCGGCAGAUGAUAAUGAUUGUGAAAUGAAGUACGCCACCUCACACUGUUUAUCACGCUGCGAAUACCGUCGCAAACAACGAAUUGAAUUGGUAGAAUGAUUUUUAUCAAUAUCAGCUACAUCAAAGAGUCUUCUGUGAAUACUGAUGCAAUAAUGGUAUCCAGAUAAAACCGUCGAGGCGAAAGGAUCACACGUUCAGAUUAGUCUGAGAUUUCUUCCUUAUGUCUUAGUUUAUGAAAACAAGUGCUUAAAUUGUCGAAUUUUUCUCCUCUCAAAUGCAUCAUCUCGACUAGUUCGAAAAGUUGUCGUACAGUAUUUGAUAUCGACAGAUCAUUAAUUUAAAAAUUCAUACAAAGCAAAAUAUAAUUGAAAAAAAAAAAACUUGAAGUAACUUGGAUAAGUUAAAUUUAUUGAUCACCGACCCGACAUUAUUUUUUCAAGGUUUUAUUGAUCCCCAAAUGGUCUUUGCUGUAUGCGUGAUAAAGAGAUGUGAUUUUCUUUUUCUCCAAUGAAACAACGACACUUACGAUAUGGUCUUCAGAAGAUUAGAUUAUGAAAAUACCGUCAUUGUAUAUUAAAUACAAAAAAGCUUAUAGUUUUAUGCAAAUAAAAUGAUCUACGAAUAGUAUACAUAUUCGAAACUACAAUAUGUACUUCGGAUAAAUGGGAAAAUGUAAUUGAGUUCAGUAAACUCACAGCGAGUUUAAAAGAAACGAAAAGAAAUUAAAAUUAUGCCCAUUACUUUAUGAAAUGUAAUGUGUGUAAUUUUGUUCAAGUACAAGACUUGAAAUAUUCGUAUAAUAAUUAUUUAAAGUUGCAUCGAAUGCAUAUUAAUGCAUUUAUAUGCAGUUAUUAUACAUAUAAGAAAUUAUGGUUGUUUGAUAAAAGGCAAAUGCUUGAGGUGUUGCCUGGAUAAUGAAAGAUGUAAAACAAAUAACAGUAAUAUUAAUAAUAAUAUUAAUAACAAUAAUAUAAUAAUACUUGUUUUUCUCUAAAUAUAAACAUCAACACAGGCAAUUAUUUGCUUCAAUUGGCACGCGAGACUGACGUCCGUUCACAAAGUACUAAUAUAAUAUAAUGUAUGAUAAGAAGAAAAAAAAACGAUUAUGUGAAUAUAUUAGCUCAGAUAUAUUGCUACAAUCUAUAAGUAUGUACCGAUUAUAUUGAUAAACGUAAUAAAAAAAACAUAUUUUUAUAAUAUAACACAUAAAAAACAUUCAGGUAUUUCACAUUUGCCUUUUUAUGUAUAUAUUGAUGUAGUUAGUAUAAUUUUAUAUAUAUAUGAAAUAAAAUUAAAUAUAUGUUAAAUGAAAAAUAAUAAUAAUAAUAACAAUAACAAUAAAACAUUGCGGUUUUAUCGAUAAUUAUCAAUUAUUAACUGUUUGCUAAGGUUUACAUAAUAAUGAUAUACGUACGAAUGGGUGUAGGAUGGCUACAUGCCAUGUUGUGGUAGGAAGAGGUUUGAAUUGUAAACUUAAUUGGCAACAGAUGGAGCAUAUAAUCUAGAUACUAUAUCUCGUAGUACAAAACGGUUUGCUCGAAUUCGGUUUAAACUGAUCUUUUCAUACCUCUACCCACCGCCGAGUUUCUAUAUUGUGUAAUAAAGCUGGAAUAAUAAACCUCUGGGGAAAUAAAAUUA